UUUUUUUACCAGGCCUCGUGAAUCUUAUAAAUGGGCGCAUUUCUGUUCUUGAAUCUGUGCGGAUCAUUUCUUUGCUCGUGUUUCUUUGUGUAAUACGAUUUUUGGGGAAUGCUGAACGGAUCUCGUAUCUCCAAGUCUGUGUACCUCGGCUCAAAUGAGGACUUCACUCUGCGUGGACAAAGAUUUGCAACGAAGAGAAGUCUCUUAACGUUGCCAAUGACUACAAAUUUUCUUCGAUGACAGUUUAGCCGUGCUCGAUCGAUUCAUACAGCUUGGAGAUCUCGUCUAGAUUCGAACAUGGGAAAGCCCAAGCUUACGCUUUUCGUGGACUCCGUGUCGCCAUUUGCAUACCUGGUAGGCAAACACAGUCAAGCCCAUGCGUAGCCAACUUGGUCCUAACCACGAACAAACACGACUAUGACAGGCUUUCUACGCCGUCAAGAACUGGCCCGUCUUCAAGAAAUGCGAGGUUUCUUUUAUCCCAAUCUUCCUGGGAGGCCUGAUGCACAAGUGCGACAACCGUACUCCGCUGGCCAUCACAAACAAAGACAGGUGGAUCAACAAGGAGCGCGUUCGGUUGGCUCGAUCGUUCGACAUUCCCAUGUGUGAUGCCGUGCCCGAUGGCUUUCCAAUGAACACGCUCGCGACGCAGCGAGCUCUGACGGCAUUGAACAUGCAGAUGCCGGAGAGGUUUCCGGACGCGCUUGCCGCCUUCUACCACGCUCUGUGGUGCGACCGACAGCCCAUCCACAAGCCCGAGGUGGCCAUCCCGAUUCUGGCGAGGACGCUGCAGAUGUCCGACGUGGAAGCAAAGGCUCUGUUUGAGAGAGGGAGUGAACCGGAAGUCAAGAGCUUGCUCACAAAGAACACGGAGCUUGCAUUUGAGGAGGGCGCUUUUGGGCUACCUUGGUUUGUUGCUACAAAUUCAGACGGCGAGAAGGAUUCCUUCUGGGGCUUCGAUCGGAUUGGACAGGUUGUGGAUCAUCUCGGGCUUGGACGACCGAAUGACAAGCGUGGUUGGCAAGCCAUGCUUUGACAACGGGUGAAUAUGAUGAACAACUGGUGUGAAAAUCUCUCAGCGGAGAACAGUCCAGCCUGUGUACUGAGUCUACAGUCGAAGCUCAUGUACGAAAAGGGAAGCCAGCCUGUUGAUGUGGC